UCUCCAGUGACAAGUUUUUGUGUAAUUUUUGUCCAAGUGAAUCGCGUAGUAUUUUGCUGCGAAAAUUCUGUGAGUUUUCAGUGAUUUUGUCGGGUAUAUUUUGUGUAUCAUUGAGAAAGAACAAAUAUUAUUAAGUCUAGUAACAAUGGCAAUGCUAGAAGGAACACUCUCCAAGUGGACAAACGUUAUGAAAGGAUGGCAGUAUCGCUGGUUCGUGCUAGAUGAGUAUGCUGGGCUUCUGUCUUACUACACGUCAAAAGAGAAAAUGAUGAAAGGUGUCCGCCGGGGCUGUGUUCGAUUAAAAGGAGCCGUGAUUGGCAUAGACGAUCAAGACGUAAACACAUUCACCAUUACCGUAGAUCACAAGACGUUCCAUUUUCAGGCACGGGACGCAGAUGAGCGGGAAAAAUGGGUUCGCCGGCUUGAGGACACCAUCCUACGACAUGCAAAUCGGAGCCGGGCUCUGUGGGAGCAACAUUACAGUGGAGGCAGUACCAGUAAUUGCCAAGGUACGCCUGGAUCCAGUUCAAUGCGAACAAAUAAUCUUGCAUUGUUCGAUAGGAAAGUUAGCGAGGCAGACGCUUAUCUACAGCUUAUGAUCGAACAGACAACGAAAAUAGAUAACAGGAUACAAUCGUUAGGGGAAUGCGAAGAAGCAGAAAAGCUUAGAACCAUUUACGAACAUGCUGAUGCGAUGCUGGACAAUAUUAAGCAUUCGAUUGUUCUUCUACAGAUAACUAAGAACACAGCAAAUCCGAUAUACGGUAUCUAUCAGGGUCCGAUGGUUAGUAAAUCGGAAACGGAGACCGAAGCAAGCGACAGCGAUUUGGUGGCCGUCCCGAUGCCGGGUUUGGUGCAGACUGGAAUAGAAGUAGGCUCCGAAUGCAGAGAAAACCGGCGACGCAGCAAUAUAGCACAUUCUUCAAUCGCUGUUCCGGAAACUUCUUACUCCAGCUCGGAGGGAGAGGACGAUUUCUUCGACGCAAACGAUGAUCCAUUCACCUCUAGUCAAGUGAACACACCGACAAGCAAUACCAGAACACUUUCCGAUCCAACCGCUCGUUUGUCCACCGAAGAUCACUUUGCUACCGCCGACGAUAACACAAGCAAUAGCGUUUCGCUCAAAAAGCAGGACAGUCUCGACACAUCCACCGCUUCUGCUAUCCCGAAUGACCUUGGGUACGGUGCGCACGCGGGUUCGCGGAAAUCAUACGACUCCAAAUCGCUGCCAAUACGAAACGAUGGAAGUCUGGACUACGAUGCCUUAUACGAAGACGAAUCGGACAACGAUCUGUCGAUGGAAUCCCAUGGUUCCGUGGUCACACAUCUGCUCUCGCAGGUAAAGAUCGGCAUGGAUCUGACAAAGGUGGUACUGCCGACAUUUAUCCUCGAACGACGGUCACUACUGGAAAUGUAUGCCGACUACUUUGCACAUCCAGAUCUAUUCCUACGGAUUGCCGACCUCGAUGAUCCUCGCGAAAGAAUGAUUCAAGUCGUUCGCUGGUACCUCAGUGCAUACCAUGCUGGCCGGAAGAGUUCAGUAGCCAAGAAGCCAUACAACCCCAUUCUCGGCGAAAUAUUUCAAUGUCACUGGGACACACCCGAAAUGCCAACUGGGGACGACAGCUCCAACAUUGAAGUAAAAAAUGGUCCAGUGCCGUGGUGUCGGAAAGACCAAUUAACGUUUAUGGCCGAACAAGUCUCACACCAUCCUCCAAUUUCAGCGUUUUAUGCUGAGCAUUACAACAAGAAGAUUAGUUUUUCGGCGCACGUUUGGACGAAAUCGAAAUUUCUCGGACUAUCGAUUGGUGUACACAACAUAGGCCAAGGUACCGUAACGCUAUGCGAUCUAAACGAGGAAUACAUCGUCACCUUUCCGAACGGUUACGGCAGAUCUAUUUUGACGGUACCAUGGAUAGAGCUUGGUGGUACCGUAAAUAUCACAUGUCCGCAGACGGGUUAUCAUGCCGAUAUUGAUUUCCUCACCAAGCCCUUCUACGGUGGGAAACGAAACAAGAUCCAGGGCGAGAUUUACAGCCCCAACGAAAAGAAGUCUUUCAUCUCGAUCGUUGGUGAAUGGAGCGGCCUAAUGGAGUACAAAUUCAACGAUGGCAAACAACCAUCCAAGUUUGAAACGUUUGUCGACGUAAAUAGUAUACCGAUCUUCAAAAAGAAGGUACGCCCAGUCGCCGAACAAACGGACAACGAGUCGCGGAAUGUGUGGAAAGAGGUCACUGCCGGAUUGAAAAUGAACGAUAUCGACAAAGCAACGAAUGCAAAAUUCCAGGUAGAGCAAAAACAGCGUAAUGAAGCACGCGAACGGAAGGAAGCCAGUGGCGAAUGGGAAAAUAGGUAUUUCAAACCAGUUGGUGAUUCGUGGAUCUACCAUAAUCCACUGCUACAUAGAUUAACACUAGAGCGACGUGAUAACAAGAGAUAGCAAUCUAACGACGGUAUAUGUACAAGUACUAGCAGGAGUAGACAGUAAAGGUAAAAUAGUAGUGCUACAGUUGUUAUAAAAUUGUGACGAGGAAAACAUCACGAACAUACUAAAACAAAUCAGCAGGAUGUUUAAGAAGUCCUUUACUAUCUUCAAUUUGAUGUUUUGAAGCAUGCGACAUACAACAGUUCACGAAGCAAAUGAUGAAAUAGACUGUUAUUAUUUGAAA